AUGGCAAAUACAAUUAAUACAAAUGAAGAAUUUGAAAAUAUUUUAAAAGAUAAUAAAUUUUUAGUUGUUAUGUUUUGGGCAGAUUGGUCAAAACCAUCAACUCAAAUGAGAGAUGUUUUUGAUCAAUUAGCUAAACAAGCUACAAAUCAAGCAAACAAUAAACUUUUAUUCUUAAAAGUUGAAGCAGAGAAAGUUCAUCAAAUUUCUGGUAGAUAUAAUGUUAAAUCUGUACCAACUUGUAUAUUUUUAAAUCAAGGUAAAUUAGUUCAAUCAGUCGUUGGUGCUAAUCCAUCAGAAUUAGCAUUACAAACAAAUAAUUUCUCAAAAACUUGUGAUACAUUACCAUUGGAAGAGCAACAACAACAACAACAAAGUGAAGAAAUCAUAAAUAAAAUUAAAUUAGAUCAAGAACAAGAGAAAAAAUUAUUAAAUGAAAGAUUAGAAAAACUUGUAAAUCAAUCACCAGUUAUGUUAUUUAUGAAAGGUAAUCCAGAGAAACCACAAUGUGGUUUCUCAAAUAAAACUGUUACAAUCUUAAAAGAGAAUGGUUUUGAAUUUGGUUCAUUCGAUAUCUUACAAGAUCAAGCAGUUCGUAAUGGUUUAAAGGAAUAUUCGAAUUGGCCAACUUAUCCUCAAUUAUAUAUCAAUGGUAAAUUAGUUGGUGGUUAUGAUAUUAUUAAAGAUUUAAAUGAAGAAGGUGAAUUAAUUGAUCUUAAGCCAUAG